AUGGACUACCUGGAACAGAGAUGUCUCUAUUCACUUUAUGGCAACUAUAGGAGAGAGGACUCCAGAGAAAUGACUACUCCACAGAAGAAUCAGGAUCAAACAUUUACAGGUCCAAAGAGCAUGAAGCCAGCCUAUAAUGCCAAGCAGUUUCUAAGGCCGGGGGCGCCCAACGCCAGCAAAUUAGAAAGUCAUUUGGGCAUCUGUAAACGUUUUCUUGAGUCAGUAAUUCCUGGUGAGGAUUUCUGCUUACACACUGCCCAUUCCGACUUGGACACUAGGUACAAACUUCCUUUCUGGGAGGAAACUGAAACCCCUCAAGUUGGCUUGUAUCGCCAAAUACACCUACUCCAGCCCUCGUGGCGAUCCACGGCUUUUACAGUCCGUCAGCUUCGGCCGAAUCAAACAGCAUCUCAAAAAGACGGCGUUGCUGUGAGACAACACCCUCGCGUGGACCACCGCAUCUCCGGGGCUGUCAGAGGGGCUAUUUUGGCAUUCUGCUGGAUAUAUGUUCGUAAAUACCAAAGUCAGCGGGAAAGUGAAGUUGUCUCCACCAUAACAGCAAUUUUUUCUCUGGCAAUUGCACUUAUCACGUCAGCACUUGUACCAGUGGAUAUAUUUUUGGUUUCUUAUAUGAAAAAUCAAAAUGGUACAUAUGUGAUGGUGAAGAAUACAAUAACCACUAGCACAGUUUGGUGCCAUUGUCUAUUCAUGCUUAAUUUGCCAACAGUUUUACCAACCAUGGGUUAUGAACAUGUGUGCAAAUAUCAGUGUAGUGAAAAAGGGUGCGCGGGCGCCGCGGCCCUUGCACUCUCUCCCCUUUCCCCACCCCUUCGGCUCCAGGCGGGCCGGGCCGGAAGCGAAGAUGGCGGCGGCGGCGGAGGCUGCCGGCGCUGCCUCUGCGGAGCUGGUGAUCGGCUGGUGCAUUUUCGGCCUCCUACUACUGCCUUAUAUUCUGUUAUAUUAUUCUGUGUGUUCCUCUGGAUCCCUUUUGUCUACUUCUACUAUGAAGAAAAGGAUGAUGAUGAUACUAGUAAAUGCACUGUAAAUGGCUUAGCUGCCUUGUCAUUUUCCAUUAGUUCUCUGACCUUGAUUGGAAUGUUGGCAGCUAUAACUUACACAGCCUAUGGCAUGUCGGCAUUACCUUUAAAUCUGAUAAAAGGCACUAGAAGUGCUGCUUAUGAACGUUUAGAAAACACCGAAGACAUUGAAGAAGUAGAACAACAUAUUCAAACGAUUAAGUCAAAAAGCAAAGAUGGUCGACCUUUGCCAGCAAGGGAUAAACGCGCCUUAAAACAAUUUGAAGAAAGGUUACGAACACUUAGGAAAAGAGAGAGGCACUUAGAAUUCAUUGAAAACAGCUGGUGGACAAAAUGUUGUGGUGCUCUGCGGCCCCUCAAGAUCAUUUGGGGAAUAUUUUUCAUCUUAGUUGCAUUGCUGUUUGUAAUUUCUCUCUUCCUGUCAAAUUUGGAUAAAGCUCUUCAUUCAGCUGGAAUCAAUUCUGGUUUCAUAAUAUUUGGAGCGAACCUGAGUAAUCCACUGAAUAUGCUUUUACCUUUACUACAAACAGUUUUUCCUCUUGAUUAUAUUCUUAUAACAAUUAUUAUUAUGUACUUUAUUUUUACUUCAAUGGCGGGGAUUCGAAAUAUUGGCAUAUGGUUCUUUUGGAUUAGAGUAAGUAUAUUUUACAUUAUUUUUAUUUUUUUCAUCAUUUUGUGUAUAAUACAGACAAUGUGAAUACUGAGAUAUUCCCUAGGCCCUGAGUUUUUAAUGUAUUUUAACUAUAUUUUCAUCUUUCAGAGCAAUAUAACUUAUGAUUACCAUAAAGGCAAUUCAACCCCUUCUGUGCCAAAGAGGUGUGAUGCAGAUGCCCCUGAAGAUCAGUGUACUGUUACCCGGACAUACCUAUUUCUUCACAAGUUCUGGUUCUUUAGUGCUGCAUACUAUUUUGGUAACUGGGCCUUUCUUGGGGUAUUCUUGAUUGGAUUAAUUGUAUCCUGUUGUAAAGGGAAGAAAUCGGUGAUUGAAGGAAUCGAUGAAGAUGAAUCAGACAUAAGUGAUGAUGAGCCCUCUGUCUAUUCCAUCUGACAGCCUCCUGCCUUAAAGGUUUUAUGAAGCUCACUGAAAUAUCUUAUGCAUUUUUAAAGUGUUAAACUACAUUAGGAUGAACUGAGUAGCUUUCAUCAAAAAUGGGAGCAUGAGUAUUAAAAAAAAGUAUAUUUUUUAUGUUUUCUGAAGUAACAUUGUAUCACAGAUUAAUAAUUAAAAUUGCUAUAAUAAUACUAUGUAAAUAUAAAACUACUGGCUUUGUGAGGGAAUGUUUGUGGAAAUUUUUCUUCUCUUGUGUAUAGUAGUGUUGAAUUGAUUAAAAGUCUUCCAGAAUUAA